GUCCUGCCGCGCCCGCCGCGCCGCCCGCCGCCCGCCGCCCGCCGCCGCCCGCCGCCGCCCGCGCCCCCGCUCCGCUCCGCGGUGCCGCCGGACCAGGACCAUGUCGCUGUCGCGCACGGAGGAGAUGCAUCGGCUCACGGAAAAUGUCUACAAGACCAUCAUGGAGCAGUUCAACCCCAGCCUCCGGAACUUCAUUGCCAUGGGGAAGAACUAUGAGAAAGCUCUGGCAGGUGUGACCUACGCUGCCAAAGGCUAUUUUGACGCUCUCGUGAAGAUGGGUGAGCUAGCCAGCGAGAGCCAGGGCUCCAAAGAACUCGGAGACGUUCUCUUUCAGAUGGCCGAAGUCCACAGGCAGAUUCAGAAUCAGUUGGAAGAGAUGCUGAAGUCUUUCCACAAUGAGCUGCUCACACAGUUGGAGCAGAAGGUGGAGCUGGAUUCCAGGUACCUGAGCGCCGCGUUGAAGAAAUACCAGACGGAGCAAAGGAGCAAGGGUGACGCUCUGGACAAGUGCCAGGCCGAGCUGAAGAAACUCCGCAAGAAGAGCCAGGGCAGCAAAAACCCGCAGAAGUACUCGGACAAGGAGCUGCAGUACAUCGACGCAAUCAGCAACAAGCAGGGUGAGCUGGAGAACUACGUGUCGGACGGCUACAAGACGGCCCUGACCGAGGAGAGGAGGAGGUUCUGCUUCCUGGUGGAGAAGCAGUGCGCCGUGGCCAAGAACUCCGCCGCCUACCACUCCAAGGGCAAGGAGCUGCUGGCACAGAAGUUGCCACUGUGGCAACAGGCCUGCGCCGACCCCAACAAGAUCCCGGACCGUGCGGUGCAGCUGAUGCAGCAGAUGGCCGGGAGCAACGGCUCCAUCCUCCCCAGCACCCUGUCGGCCUCCAAGUCCAGCCUGGUCAUCUCAGACCCUAUCCCGGGGGCCAAGCCCCUGCCGGUGCCCCCCGAGCUGGCCCCGUUUGUGGGGCGGCUGUCUGCCCAGGAGAGCACGCCCGUCAUGAACGGCGUCUCGGGCCCAGAUGGUGAGGACUACAGCCCCUGGGCCGACCGCAAGGCCGCCCAGCCCAAGACCUCGUCUCCUCCACAGUCCCAGAGCAAGCUGAGCGACUCCUACUCCAACACGCUCCCCGUGCGCAAGAGCGUGGCCCCGAAGAACAGCUAUGCGGCCACUGAGAACAAGACCCUGCCGCGCUCCAGCUCCAUGGCGGCUGGCCUGGAACGCAACGGCCGCAUGCGGGUGAAAGCUAUCUUCUCUCACGCGGCCGGGGACAACAGCACCCUGCUGAGCUUCAAGGAGGGAGACCUCAUCACCCUGCUGGUGCCUGAGGCCCGCGACGGCUGGCACUACGGGGAGAGCGAGAAGACCAAAAUGCGGGGCUGGUUUCCCUUCUCCUACACCCGGGUUCUGGACGGCGAUGGCAGCGACAGGUUGCACAUGAGCCUGCAGCAGGGGAAAAGCAGCAGCACGGGGAACCUCCUGGACAAGGAGGAGCUAGCCCUCCCGCCCCCCGACUACGGCGCAGCCUCCCGUGCGUUCCCUGCCCAGGCAGCCGGCACCUUCAAGCAGAGGCCCUACAGUGUGGCUGUACCUGCCUUCUCCCAGGGUCUAGAGGACUACGGAGCGCGGGCUGUGAGCAGCGCUGAUGUGGAAGUGGCCAGAUUUUGAGCUGACCCUGACUAGAGUUAGAAUCCCUUCGCCAACGUCCAGCUGAAGCCAACAGUGACCAAUGACAGGUCUGCUCCCCUCCUCGGCUGAUGGCCAAGUCCCCGCCGCUGCCCGCCGGGCCCCUCUUCUCCUCCCCCACCCACACACACACCUCUUUUGUAACGGUCUGUGUGGUCCCUGUCUAGAGAAUGUUCUCCUCCUCCCACGCCCUUCGCCUGCCUGGCUCUGCCCCCACUUCAGUCUGGCCUGGGCUGGAUCCCGGCCGUUUCUUCGGAGGUGGCCCCUGGGCCGUGGCCGAGGAGAGUGAGUGGGGCCGGCCCCGGAGCUGGGAGCUGCCCCCGGGGCGGUGCGGCCAGCCUCUCAGGCAGGCCCGCCUGGCUGUGUGGGCCGUGGCCCCCAGGUGCAGGGAAGGGUGUUCGGUCAGCCUGUAGCCGGAAGGGGAGCCCGGCUCCCACACCGCUCAGAGCUCCCAAGUGUCUGGUCAAUAAACAGGCUGACCCACCUGUGCCUGCCUGUGAUCUGUCGGCCUGAGGGGGGCGGGAGGCCUGGGGCAGAGGAGCGGGGGAGACCAACACCUUUCUCUGGAAGAUGAAUUUAUUAGGAGCCCUCGACUGGGACUCUGCUGAGCCUCCCCACUCCUGCUGGCAGUUCUGGGGGGCCUCUCUGCCCCUCCCCACCCAAACCCCAGCCUCCCUCCAGAACUGGCUGCGGGGCCCCCAGCUCUCCUCCGCGUCCCUGGAGUGAACAGUGGGUGCCGUUGGCGGGGUGGGGGGUCCCCCACCAGCUGCUUCCACAGUAUUUGUGGAUGAAAUACACCCCUGGUGACCAGCACAGUGACCAGCAGUCCCCAUCUGAGGAGCCGUUCCAGGCAGCAGUCACCCCUCCCGCCAGGCUCCUGAAGGAGGGGUUCAGCAGCCCUGAUCUGACCGAAGUCUGUCCACAGCCCAGGAAGAGAAGCAAAAGGGGUCGCUGGUAGGGCAGGUGGGGGCACAGGCCUCUGGCCUCGCAAGAGCUGGGCCAGGUGGGGUCUUAGGGCAGAUGUUUGGGGUAGAGAUGCACAGAAGCCCGGACUCCUCAAAAACCCUCUUGCCUGCCGCUCACCCUGCCCCCACCCCCGUGCCCUGGGAAGGCGAGGGGCAAGAAUGUCCAGGGAGGUGUGUGGGUCCCCCCCACAGGACAGGAAGAGAGGGCUGCUGCCGCCGGUCCCCUCCCCUCCCCAAGUCACUGUCCCCCCUCCACCGAGGUGUGCCAGGGCAGCUGGGGGGAAAGGGUGGCCGCCCUCUCGCAUCCUCCCCUCCCGUGGUCAGGAGGGACUACCGUGCCCUGGGCAGACCUGGCAGCUGAGUCCCCACCUCAGCACCACCCAGGCCCCCUCCUGCCCAGCGCUUUAUGUGCAAACCACAAAAGAAAACACACACUUAGCACGAAGGCUUUUUUUUUCUUAAGCUUGAUUUCUUUUAAAAAACAAACAAAAGAGGAACAAGAAAAUCAUUGCACCAGCAUCCUAAGCCUCAAACUAAUCAAAAACAAAAAACACAAACCCAAAACAAGUCCCCCACCCACACCCCCAAAGCAACAAUAAACUUUACGUCUCUUUGGCAACAAUAACUUAAAA